AUGUUAAAAUCAGAAGCAAGUCAGUAUGUGGAGUUCAAUAGUGUUGAUGCCAGUUUUGUUGGUGAUGGAAAUGGAAAGUUAUGGAACGUUCCUGAUUCUAGAGCUGCCAUAAUUAAGGAUAAGAGUUUGACUCUGAUGGAAAAGAAUCAGUUGGUGAGGAUUAUUCUGUAUGCUAUAGCAAUGACAGAUUAUGAUCAAGAGGACAUGGAGGCUUGUCGAGAUUUGCUCAGGACUAAAGAUGGAAUGGAUUGUUUGGCUCUACACCAGUCACCAGCUGGGAGUAUUGAAACCCACAGAAAGAAUAGGACAGAGGCCGAUACAGGGGAAAAGACGUUUUCGGUUCCAUGGGAACUUAACAAAUUUGCAAAUAAUGCUUACCUAACAGGCCAUAAAACUUCUUAUAAAGUGGACAUAAACAGUUGCGACUCUGUCAAGUCAAUACGCUCACCUACACCUGAAAACUUCUGUGAUACAGGUUUUGCGAAUGCCGGUGAUGGCGAUGCAUAUGGAAAAGGUGCUAAAGAUAGUGGGAGUUACAAAGGUAUACGAUUGCCUUCUGAUCAGGACAUAUGUAGCCAGAAGAAGCUGAUGCUAAAGAAAGGUGGCCAGAGGGAUAUGCACCACAAGAAGUUCCUUGAAGCCAGAUAUGCCAAAUUUGCUGGUUGUAUAUCCCCCUCGAUGCAAGAUCGGCAUAUAGGUUCAUUUCUGUACCUUAAUGGAGUUUAUAGAAAUCAUACGCAGCUAAGAGUUUUAGCGCCAGUUACUGCCCUGCUUAUGGAGAAUGUGCUAAAAUAUGCAUAUGAUUUGCUUACAACAUGGAUAACAUUAAACGAGUAUAGCCAUUUGUCAGGUGCAAAAGAAUUAUCUUUUAUUUCAUACCUUUUCAGGAUGUAUGGAACUCUUACAGCCGCGUGGGAAACUCCAAAUCCGAGAAAUGAGUGGAAGCUACAAAGGUCUUUGUGUGAUGAUGUCAAUCAAGGAAAGAGGUUGCUAAAUGCAGCCAUGAAUGCCCUUCUCACAGUUCCUAAUUCUGUUAAUUCUGAAAGCAGUUCCACCGUUCAGCAUGAGAAUAUCGAAGAAAAACCUUACUGUACUUUGGAGAGAGCUGUAUAUACAGGAGAUCACUAUGGUGCAUGUGCUUCUCAUCUCGUAUUUAUGGGGAUUGAGCGAGGGCAUUUUGGAGAAUGUAACUUCACAGGGGUAAUGUGUAAUUUUGUGGAGUAA